CCUGAUAUAAACAUGUAUCACAUGAUUUCAUGUUAGUUUGCAACAUGGCGGCCUACGUACUGCUGCUGGUCGCUUUUCUGUCUGUCUUCAGCGGGGUUUUAAGUUUUCCUGUCGGUCAGGAGAACAGAGACACCAGCACCGCCUGCGGAUACCAGUCAUGUCACGCCACCAAGCCUGGCAUGCUGAAUGUCCACCUGGUUCCCCACACACACGACGACGUGGGCUGGCUGAAGACUGUGGACCAGUACUUCUAUGGAGAUCGUAACGAUAUCCAACAUGCUGGCGUCCAGUACAUUCUGGACUCUGUGGUGGAUCAGCUGUUAAAGAACCCAGACAGACGGUUCAUCUAUGUAGAGACGGGCUUCUUCUACCGCUGGUGGAAGCAGCAGAGCUCCAGCAUGCAGCAGACGGUCAAACAGCUGGUUAACGAAGGACGGCUGGAGUUUGUCAACGGUGGCUGGUGUAUGAGCGAUGAAGCCACCACACACUACAGCGCCGUCAUCGACCAGAUGACCAUCGGACUGAGGUUUCUUAAUGAAACCUUCGGGGUGUGUGGUCGUCCUCGCGUCGCCUGGCACAUUGACCCCUUUGGCCACGCUCGCGAACACGCCUCCAUGUUUGCACAGAUGGGAUACGACGGCUUCUUCUUUGGUCGUCUGGACUACCAGGACCGGAAUCGCAGAAUGAAAGCAAAGGAACAGGAACUUCUAUGGAGAGCCUCUGACAGCCUCACACCACCUAUGGCCGACCUCUUCACUGGAAUUCUGCCCAAUGGAUACAACCCUCCUGAGGGAUUCUGCUGGGACCAGCUCUGCACUGAUGAACCCAUCAGAGAUGACCCUGACCUUGAAGAUUAUAAUGUGGACGAUGUUGUUCAGCGCUUCCUUCAAGCAGCCAAGAGUCAGGCUUCAGUUUAUAAGACCAAUCACAUCAUUAUGACCAUGGGCUCAGACUUUCAAUAUGAGAACGCCAAUCUGUGGUAUAAAAACCUGGACAAGCUGAUCCGUUACGUCAACGGGCGGCAGGCCAACGGGAGCAAUGUCAACGUUCUCUAUUCGACUCCAUCCUGCUACCUGCAGGAGCUGCACCGAGCAAACCUCACUUGGUCUUUGAAGACGGAUGAUUUCUUUCCCUAUGCGGACAAUGCUCAUAACUUUUGGACAGGAUAUUUCACAAGCAGACCAGCACUGAAACGUUACGAACGGAUCAGCAACAGCAACCUGCAGUCUUGUAAUCAACUGGAGGUUCUGGGUGGUCCUGUUUCCAGAAAGGGGCAGUUUGGACGGGGCGACAGCGAGACUUUGAGGAGAGCCAUGGCUGUGGCUCAGCAUCAUGAUGCAGUGUCAGGAACAGAGAAGCAGCACGUUGCUAAUGACUACGCCAAGAGGCUAGCCAAAGGCUGGCAACACUGCCAGGUUUUGGUCAGUAACAGUUUGGCUUCCCUCACUGGAUCCUUGGCUGAAAGAAUCUACUGUGAUAACCUCAACAUCAGUGUGUGUCCUCUAACUGAAUCCAGUAAAAAGUUCUCAGUCAGUGUGUACAACCUUCUGGGGCGGACUGUUAAUUGGCCCGUCAGGCUGCCGGUCAAUGGAACAGCAUACAGCAUUACUGAUGCUCAAGGAAAAGCUGUGGACUGUCAGGUGCUUCCAGUGUCUGAAGCCACUCAGGAAGUAAGGAGGAAUCAGGGCUUUGCCCGCAAUGAGCUGGUGUUCCAGGUUCAAGCUCCUCCUCUUGGUUUCAGCACCUAUACCAUUUCCCUGCUAAAGGAUAGACCAUCUUCAUCUUUACCUCGGCCUGCUGCCCCCAGUGUCAUCCAAAAUAAGUUCCUGCAGGUGACCUUUGACCCUCAAACCGGCCUCUUGACUGGUCUUAGCAACCUUGAAACCAAACAGACAAUAAAGCUCACACAGAAUUUCUACUGGUAUAAUGCCAGUGACGGCAACAACUAUGAGAGCCGGCAGACCUCUGGAGCGUACAUCUUCAGACCGAACUCCUCCACCCCUGUCAUGGUGGCCAGCAAGGCUAAAGUGGAGAGCUUUCAGAACUCAGUGGUGCAGGAGGUCCGGCAGUGGUUCGCUCCAUGGGUGUCCCAGGUGGUUCGUCUUUAUGCUGAUAGCAGAGCUGUGGAACUGGAGUGGACAGUAGGACCCGUGCCAGUAAAUGACAGACAGGGGAAGGAGGUCAUCACCCGCCUGGACACCAGUAUUAAAACCUCAGAGUUUUUCUACACUGAUUCCAACGGCAGAGAAGUCCUACAGAGAAAGAAAGACUUCCGUCCUACAUGGCAGCUGAAGCAGACUGAGCCCAUAGCUGGAAAUUACUACCCCAUCAACUCUCGUGCCUUUAUUAAGGAUGACGUGAACCAACUCACAGUGGUGACGGAUCGGUCACAGGGAGGAGGGAGCAUAAACAAUGGAUCUCUGGAGAUUAUGCUCCACCGCCGGCUGCUGUACGACGAUUACCGUGGGGUUGGUGAAGCUCUCGAUGAGAGCUCUGAAAUAUAUCCACACGGACUGAUGGUUCGUGGUCGCCUUCUCCUCUCCCUGGAGCCUCCUGCCAGCGCUGCAGACAUUCACCGUCCCCUGGCCCAGGAGGAUGUAUCACAGCCGCUGCUGUCAUUUACUGACGGAAGCCUGAGCCCUAGCUCUCGACUGGAGUUUUCAGGUCUUCAGGCUUCACUCCCCCCGGCUGUCCAUCUGCUGACUCUGAGCCAAUGGGAUGAGGACUCGGUCCUGCUGAGGCUGGAGCAUCAGUUCCAGAGCUGGGAGAGCAAAGUGAACUCUCAACCCGUCACAGUCAACCUUCAGAAGCUGUUCUCUAGUCUGGAUGUUCUGGGUUUUUCUGAGCUGAACCUUUCAGCCAAUCAGUGGAAAGAUCAGAUGAGCCGCUUCGAUUGGACUCCUGAGAAAGAAGAGAAGCCACUGCUGAAGACAUUUGCGAAUCCUUCUGUAUGGGAGGUCACCCUGAGGCCCAUGGAGAUCCGAACCUUCUUGCUCAGGGUCAAGUCUAAGUAACUGAUCAUGUGCAUCAACCUGAGUUAAAAUUCCAUCUGCCUUUGUCUCAAACAGGGGGCUCCUUAAAUACCACUAAAUUUACAGAAAAGGGAGUUUUCUUAGUAAAUAAGUUGCCUUCAUACAUCUUGUUUUACUUUUUCACCAGUUACAGUAACUUGCAAAAAAAUCAUUGCCACUCUUAUUGAUCACAUUGAUUGUUUUUCAUAGAUCAGCUGCCUCACAUAGACAUAUAUCAAAGUCUGAAUAAAAAAAUAAAUAAAAAAAUCUGUACCAUACUAUUGGUUCACUCACAUCUGUAAAUCUGUAAACAGCAGAGCUUUUUAUUAGAGCUCAAUGUAGCCCUAUGAGCCACAGAAAAACAAUUCCCAGAGAUACAAGCCAUGGUGCCUUUCAUUAAAGCUGCUCCUCGCCAUCAUUAGUCAAGUUUUCGUAUUUUGGCAGCAAAUUCUUAUCAGAAUAACAUUUCGUGAAACUGCUGUUAUCCUCCUUUCAGAAGACCUAUUGCACAAAUUUAGCUUGGUCGAUUUGCAGGAUGCAGAAAUAAAGGAUAUUGGAUGUUUUAAGGGAACUCGAAUAUAGAGAUUAGACUGUUUAUUCAAAUGGUCUUAAGUAUUUUAAUAGAGAAAGGCAACAAGUCAAAUCAAGAUAAAUUGGUAACCUAAAGCAAUCUUUCUGUAAUAGAGGGUUUGUCCUUCUACUGCCACCUUGUGGUAGCAACAAUACUUUGCCAUUCCAGUAUCUCCACUAUGAAUGACACUGAUCAUCACUAGUACUGACAGAUAUAGCCUGAUAAAUGUAUGUCUAAAAGAACCUAUAAACAUUUUGAAACUUUCCAACUGAAUGUCUUUCCAUGAGAUGUGGAUCAGGUGCACCACUUCAACCUUUUGUAUUUAGAACAGCAAAUAACGCAUAAACGCUGAAAGUCGGGA